UUCUUUUUUCUUCUCUCUGAUCAAGUUUGUUUUAAACAAGCUGUAGCUCUAAGAGGGAAAAAGUAGAAAAAGUUUAAGGGAAAAAGUAGAAAAAGUUUAUGGCUAUGUGCCAUUCAUUGAAGGAAAGAAAAAAGCAAAUGAAUGUUUCUGGUUUGAGCAUGGCAGCCAAGUAUAUCAUUCCUGGUGUUAUUGGAUCAUUUGCAAUAGCAUAUUUAUCUGACCUACUUAUUGCUGACAAGAAGAUAUUUGGAGGCACUACCCCUAAAACUGUUGCAAGCAAUGAAUGGUGGGAAGAAACUGACAAGAAAUUCCAGGCAUGGCCUCGUACUGCAGGGCCACCAGUUGUCAUGAAUCCAAUCAGUCGCCAGAACUUCAUCGUGAAGUCCCGCGAAUCUUGAAUCAAAAUUUAGCUGGUGAUCUGUUGGGUUAUUGAUUGAUAAUACUUUUAUUGAUAAUGUUUUGUCUGGUUUUAGUACUUAAAACAUUGCCACAAUUAGCUGAGAUGGGACCUUUAUUUCUUUUUAUUUGCUUACUCUUCAUGGAAAUAAGUUUUGAUUGGCAAUUGCUUUUAAAAGAAAAUAAAUGUAAAUGAAGGAUUCAGCUGUGGUUAAUGAAUUCCUUGGCUCAAACA